AUGGACAUGGGCGUGCUGAAGCAGUGCCUCAGAGAGGAGGCGUUGGCCGGCAGUACUGCCAGCCAAGCGGACGUCACGCCCGAUAAAAAGGCGGGCAAGGUGCCCGGCAGUUCUACGCAGGCGUCGCUGGGGGAGCCGGAGAAGCCCGAGAAGGCGUUACCUUCGCACAGGCUCAUCAUGAACACCAUAGUGAGGGUGUCCAAGCACCUGGGCUGUCCGCACGGCUGCGCAGACGGGCAGAGAGGCCCGGCGGCCGAAUUUCUGCGCACGCAAUGCCAAAACGUGCUCGUCAAGUUGAACAGGGCCAGCGGCAAGCAAUUCAAGGCCUUCCUCAAGGACUACGUCAAGCACCAAUCGCUGGCCGACGUCAUGGACUUUUUCCACGGCUAUCUCGGUUAUUGCAUCGACCCCAGUUCCUUACUGUCGCCUCUGAGCGUCGGAGCGGCCGGCAUCCGGGGAGUGGAGGGGAGGAUAGUGUCGCACUGCUUCAAGCCGCUGGUCACCAGAUUCGUCGAGUGCGGCAAGGAGAUCAGGACGCCGGAGAGCUUGCCAUUGUACUGUGAAAUAAGACAGCUGAUGACGUAUGUCAAGGAGGGUCAUGGAAGCAUCUUCAGGAGGGUUGCACUGAGUGCUUUGAUAGACACCGCCGAAAGGCCUACUAAAAAAGAAGCUAAAGUGCAAACGACCAGAGUCAUAAGGCACAUGCAUCCCUCUGAGAUGGAAGAUCAGCAAGAUGCUGCGACAGAUUCUCAGUCUUAUACUAUCGACGACAAAGGGACAAAGAAAUCUCUUUUCAAAAAAAGAAGUACUUCAUCCACUUGUGCCAGCCUUCUCGAAACCGAAGCUGAGGAACUUCCGAAAACCAGUCAAAGUCCUCUGGGAAAUCUGAGGAAAAAACAUAUUUUGACUCCUAGGCAGAGUGAGAGAGCGCUAGGAAUAGCUUUAGAACCAACUUUAUCAGUCAAAGCUAAAAAAUCUAAACUUGGCGGACUUGUAAACUGGUUCAAAAAAGGGGAAAAUUCCUCCAACGAUGAACAGGACAACCAAGACAACGGAGAUUCAUUCACUGACACUUCGAGCUUCGUGAGACAAUCUUUCAAGCAGUAUCAGCAAAAAGAACCUACAAAGACAAAUGUAGGUCAAAGCAUUCAAAAGGCCAAAAGAAAAAUGGAGGACAAAUUCAAAUUCGUACUGAAGAAGGGCAAGAAGAAGGACGGCAGCAUGGAAGAAUCCGCUGGGGGAUUUUUCAGUAGGAAAAACUCGGUGGAAUUCGGCGAGACAUCGAGAGAGUCCGAGUUCGUGGUACUAAAAGAAAGAAAGCUAGUUUCCACAACUCUUGUGUAUCAAGGAAUGAGUAGGUUAUCAUUUCUCCUGGAAACUUGUGCACCCGGUUCGGUGCCUGAUGCUCAUCUCUUGGCAUCUUCUCUGGAUUUGCCCCAUUCGACUGUGGUGGCGAGAGCAGCCUUGAUCUUAGAAUGCGCCCACUUUGUGCAUUCCUGCAACAAGGGCCUCUGGCCCUCCUGGAUGAAGUUCAAUGUACCGGCCUACAGACCGUCCGGGCCUCUGCCUGCUAGAGGAAACAGCACCGGCGUCAGACGAUCGCAUAUCAUGCAGAGAUCGGCCGGUAAAAUGUUCUACCAGUGGGCAGAAGCGAUUGGUCAACGGCUGGAAGAGUUUGUCAACGAAGACAAGAACCUCCAACCGCAAAUCAACGCCAUGAUGGCCGACGAUCAAAAACAAAAGGAUUUGUUGGUGCAGGACGAGGAAGAAGACUUCCUAGACGAAGCUAGCAUCAAUUCGUACGGGUCGUCGUGUCCGAUGGCCUUGAGACUCAUGGCUUGCGUUCUCCUACAAGAAAUCACCGCCUUCCUCAGAGAAACGUACCAGACAUUGCCGAAGUCCUCUCGUAACAUGGACAAAGGCAAACCGACCGCCUGGGACAAGCUGUGUAGUCGAGAGGCGAAUAGGAGAUGGAGCAUGGCUCUGUCUUCCAUGGGCCAUUCGCAGACCUCUGCGCAAAGUCUGCAGUCGAUCGCAGGCGACAGAGACUCCGGACAGACUGGCGAGAGGAAGAUAAGCUUCGUUCUUCAUGAGCCUGAUAAUGAGUCUGAAGGGAGCAGCAAUACCACGGUUACUAUGCAGGCCUUCCUGCAAGGAGAAGAUGGUAAACGUCAACAGCAGUCCACUAGACCUUCCUAUAUACUACGUAGAGGCACUGCAGCUGCUCCAGCAGGAGGGUCUUUCAAAAGAAGGAGCCUCAAGUUGAGAAGAGGGACAAAAGAGGGAGCCGAUCUGGAUUGGAAAAUUCCGGAAUCGGUAAAACGCACAGAUUCCAUCCAGUCCAAGCGGAAAGUGAGCUCGAUAUCCGACAGGAGCGACACCUCCGAACCUGGAGCCCCAGGGGAAGUAAGCGGGGAGGAAUCUCCGGGGGUUUUAAGUGACGACCAACCCCCUGAGAGCCCCAGCGACAGCAACGACACAGACGACACCACUAAGACCAUGCCGUGGCUGAAGGUCAUGGUUCAAGUGGCCAAUUCGUUCUACUACUUUUGCCCCCAUCAGAAUUUUUGCCACCCAUUUUGCUAUAAAAAGGUGAUGAGAGGGUGUAACAGACUGAUCAAGGCGGUAAGGAAAGUUUAUGGGGAGGAGUUUGGGUUGUUGGAGGAUCGGCUGUCGAUGGACUUCGGGGAUAAGAAGAAGAGUAAUAAGAAGGAGAAGAAUCAGAACAGGAAGGUAUCUGAUCAGACGAGUUCUACGGUUUCGCCCAUCAGAAGAAAGGAUAGUGUCGGUAAAAAGGAUAGAAUCGAUAAGAAUCUGGAGAGUUUCCAAAUGGGAAAACUAUCCUCCAAGGAUUCCUCCAGAGACAUUGCUGAAUCGGACACCGUAUACGACUCGAAGACCUCUUCUGAGCGUAAACCUACUGAGCCUCCUCCGAUAUUGAAGUACAUAAAAACUCAGGUGAAAGAUGCUUUCCAUGCUCCUCUAGCCAUCCUCCUCAAAGGAGCUGUCAUCAUGACGGAGGAGAAUUUUUCGGAAAUCAUACCUGUCGCUUGGGAGCUACUUUUAGAGACGAAUCAAGAGGUGGCAGCCUGUGCAGCUUCCUUAUUCAUUUUGGGAGCUGUCAAGGCGCCACAGCAAGUUUCCGAGAUCAUGCAGUACGGCUUGUCGCAUCCGGAUUGCGCAGUGCGAAUAAACGCGAUAUUAAGGUUCCAAGUGUUGUGGAAGAUGAGAUAUCAGGUGUGGCCCAGGAUGGAGGAGAGCGCUCAGAUGUUGUUCAAAGUGCCACCCCCUGGCAUCGAAUUCACCCUACCUUCCCCCAAAAUUGGAAUCGAAUCUCUGGAUGUCGUCGAUUCGCCUUGGAAGCUUUUGGUGAAGACCAAAGUCGAAGAAGUAACAAUAAACCAGGAAAGACAUAGAUCCCUUGUUACCGCUACCAAAACUAGGAAGAAGCAGCAAACCGAGCUUAUAAAGAUGGCGCUGCAAGCUCAGGAUGAUAAAAAGAGGGAGGAAAGAGAGAAUUUCCUGAUCACAACUAUUCCUAUAACGAUACAAGCUGCACACGAACCGAGCUUGUACCACACCAGUGAAGAACACGAAGAAGACGAAGAUCAACCAGACGGUCAAACUAGGAACACCACACACCACCUUCACUCCGCUCAUUCCCUCUUCCCCUCUUGCCUUUGCUCAGCAGUGGUGCAGAUCAUCAAUCUGCUCGACGAUGCUGCUGUUUCAGCAGACGGCUGCGCAGUAUACGAAGUCGCCUACCAGGUGAUCUGGACGUGUUUGGUGGAGGACAGCGCCCUCUUCCUGCGCUACAUCCUCGAGCGCUUGACCAGGGACAAGCAAGAGCUGAUGUUCAAGAUCCUGAGGCACCUGAUCCGAUUCAUACCGAAGCUGCCGCAGCAGGCCGCUUUCGCUCUGUACAAUUACAUCAUCGGCUACGUGAUGUUUUACGUGAGGAGUCCGCACGAGGGGGGGCAGCAGCUGAUCGGAGCAGCGCUAUCGCUACUAUGGAUGGUGGUGCAUAGUGUGCAUGGAAUAAUGUUCAAAGAUCUGAAGCAAAUUUUGAGAAAAGAACAGUGCGAUGCUUCCAUAUUGCUCACUGCAAACGUGCCAUCUGCCAAGAAGAUCAUCGUCCAUGGCCCACAAGAUCCGAACGAUUGUGGUAUCCCAUCGCAAUUUCCCGUCCAAGAAGACACUCAAUUCUGUCAGAUAUUGCGCGAAGCUUUGGACUUUUUCGGUAUAGACGAGAGUAAGCAGAAGGAAUUCUUCCUCGUAGACUACAAAACACAUCAGAUCAGAAACUCAGCCUCCUACGUCCGGGACUACUACUUCUUCAAGCGAUCGCAGUACCCGCAACUGGAACUGGUCCACAUGAAGCCCGAGGUGGCCUUCAACGCGUUGCAAAAGCAAGAGCUCGUCCACAAGUUCGUGGAGAUCGGCAAGGUCUUGUUGACCUGGGCCAUCCUGAAGAACGUCGAUAUGGUUGUCCAAAGGGUGGUUUUUCUGCACGAGGAGCUGAUGAAGCUGCCCUCUUUCCCCAGAAAGGCAUUAGAAUCGGACUUGGAUCUCUACAAGAGUGGUCCCUUGGGGAAGGAGUUGUUGGGCCUCGAUGUUUUGCAUAAGUUCAUGUGGGUGCGACUGAUCGCCCGGAUGUUCGAGGCCAUGGCCGGCAAUUUCGCUUAUUCCGGGGACAUCCACCUCUUCGUCAACGUGCUAAACGGGGCCUUGGUGUUGCAUUCCGAGGACGCUUGCAUCCUCAGAUACGUCAUGGCCACCUACAUCAACGCGGCUUUCCACUUCAAGAACAUCUUCUCUACCAAUGGGUACCUGUUGAUCAUGCCCACCCUGCUGAAGAUCUACUCCAACCACCAAGCCAACAAACUGAUCACCACCACCAUCGAGUACGCCGUGAAGCAGUUCUACAUGAUGAACAGAAAACCGUUCAUCCUACAGAUGUUCGGCUCGGUGUCCGCCAUGUUGGAUACGGACGAAGAAGGCACUUAUGGCGAUGCGCACAAGAUCCAGUCGAGCUGCCUGUUCAAUCUGUUGCUGAGCCUGGAAACGCCCUCGCCUGAUCCCCUGAACAUUGCCGAGUUGGUUAAGGAAGACAAGCCUUUGAAGGCUAUCGAUUUCUGCUACCACGAUGAGAACGAGAUGGUGACCAUUUUGGAUUGCAUCUCCAUGUGCGUGAUGGUCGUUUCCUAUUCGUCGGAGAGUAUUAGAGGUUACCAGAUGCUGAUUAUUCUGGAGGCGAUUCUUCCGUGUUACGUGAAACAGAUACAGCUGCCCACUUAUAACAAGGAAGGCAAGAAGGAGAAGGAGAUUAUAAAUCAGCUGGCAGUGGCUGUCAAAACCUUGGUGAACAAUUCCGAGGCUCUGACUAAGAGCUAUAACGGCCCCUACCGCUCCAGCCCCGAGCACAAGGGCUCCAGCCAGCGCAACUACAGUCGCGGCCCCUAUUCGCCCGGCUUCGAUUUCGAGGACGACUCGCACUCGAAGUUUAUGAGCGAGCACUCGCGAGUGAGAAGCAUGUACGAGCACGACGUGGAGGACUCGGAGGCUCUAAGGGCGGAAUACCGGAGGCCUAGGGACGUGCUGCUGUCGCUGGUGGGGGAGUUUGUAUGUAGGGCGGCUGUGAGGUUGGGGGAGCUGGGGAAGAAGAACGGUUCGGAGGGGAAGGUGGUGGAGCUGCUUGAUAUCAAAUCGCAUGUGAGACUGGCUGACAUAGCUCAUACCCUACUGAAAGUAUCCCCGUAUGAUCCGGAAUCAAUGGGCUGUCGUGGCUUGCAACAUUACAUGAGCUACAUUUUGCCAUCGACCGAUUGGGCUAACGACGCCAUGAGACCGGCUCUGGUCACCAUUUUGAGAAGGCUGGACAAAGUUUUCCAGAAGAUAGCGAAGAAACCAUCAAUAAGGAGAAACACUGAUUGGGAUGCUGCUGCUGGUUUACUCAAGGGCAUCUACGAUACCAUGGUCAAGUAUCCCUACAUUGUUCAUUGGUCCCACAUCAAAGCGUUGAUCGGUACAUGUCAAGGGCUGAUUGUGAGCGAUUGCUGUUCAACCGAAGGCGUGCCAGGAUCUACGGCAGCCCUAAUGAGUCAAGCACCACCGGCACAUUUCUGUUCGAUGGUGGUUCGUCUCAUAGGACUGCAAAUUCAAAACACCCAGGGUCCUUUCAACGUGCCAGACUUUCUUCUCUUCUUCAAUCAAGACACUUGUACUCUCGAGCAAGUGUGCGGUGGUAGCUCGAUUUUCACCUCUCAGGACAAAAGCGAGAGCAUCAUCAUGAAUCUCAUCAUGCCUCUCUGCCUCAGAGUCGGCUCAGGAAGAAAAGAUGUUGCUCAAAUGAAGCAGAGCGACAUAAGUUUCGCCCUAACUUUGGUGCUUCACGCGAUGAGUCCUCCCAACACCAAAACUAUGGGUCCUUCUGGCACCAACGUCAAACCAACAGCUGAAAUAAGGACCGGUAGUUUGACUUUUACCGGUACGAGAGAUGCUAAGACUUCUGCCAAAAUCAACACUUCUCUCUACCAAGUCUCUUUUCUUGCUCUGAAAAUUAUGGCGAUUUGCUUCGAAGGAGAAUUGAUGAACGAAUGGUUGAAAAUAGGUAGGACGAUGAGAGAGCUUGGCAAAAGGAAUGAGGCAGCGACAUAUCUGUGGGAUUUCUUAGAUUUCGUUGUCACUCACAGGACAGUAUUGUACAUUCUGAUGCAACCUUUCAUCUUCCAGAAGUUGGCACAACCUCCUAUAUCUGACUUUGAGAGGAACGUGCACACAAAAAUACGCAACAAGAUGCGCAGCAUAGGGCUACCUCUGCCAAAGAGCAGAGGAGCCCUUCUCAUGGAGUUGGCUCACGAAAUGAAAACUCUAAAAGAAGAACUCGAGGAGUCGACUGAAUCAACUAGUGAUCCAAAGAAAGAUACCGGUCCAACCUGUCAAAUGACGUCAGAAAUAUCACAAUCUCGUCAUCAGAGGCACUCCCUGAUUGGUCUGUUUACUGGCGAAGGCCAUCAUGGAUCGAAAUCUGCACCAGCACAAGUCAAAGAAUCUUCAACAAGUACAAGUCACGUGUCUUCUCCAAACCAAGCCACUAACGUGAGCAUGAGUGACGUACAAGAAGGAAAUGAAAACGGUAGCUCUCCUCCACCAUCUGCACAAGCCGAUCGCUCCUCGCAAAGGUCAUCGGUUAGUGACGAACACUGCGUACCUCUACCCAAAUCCGAAUCCCUACACAAGGUCCAUAAACUGCGUUUCGUUUCCUCAGUAGAAUUUAGACACUCCUCAGGUGAGACUUCUACGACCCCUCUGAGUCCGAGCAGUCCGGUAGACGACAGUUCCGGUGAGAUAUAUCCGAAUAAGCCGAGACUGCAAAGAAUCAAACCGCAAAGCAGGAAAACUUUCCGUUUGAGGAGAAGCAAGAAAAAUAGACGAGUAGAGCUCGCUCACACCAAGCUGGAUUCCGAACCGGCAUUCCCGACUCAUCAAAAUCUCGAUGUCGAUUCGCCUCCACCGACUCCACCAGUUAUUCCACCGCCGCUUAAACGCUCCGAAACAACCGAUCAGAACGCUCAGAAGGAGCCUCUGACGGAUCCACAUCGGCUGAGGAUAGCCGCCAGAAGCAGAGCGACCGAGGGCUCGUGGGACGAGGAUUCUGUCGUCUCUCAGACAUCGAGUACGUCCGGAUACAGAGAGUCCUACCCCGUGAUGCUGCUCAAGGAGCCGCUCGAAUCCUCUCCCAAGGCCUUCCCGCCCCCUUUGGCCUCCCCCGACGUGCACAGCCUACCCUCCAGCAGCGCCACCACCACCACCACGGCAACCCCCAACUUUUCGCUCAUCGACAACUCGUCGCCCGACUGCUCUUUGAACGAGAACGGGGAGAGAGGGGCUCUGCUGACGGCCGAUCAGAAAUCCGGGUCUCAGCAAUCGCUGUUGGUGGUUUUCGAUCGCCAGGACGAGAAUACUUUCAUUUAA